AUGAUGAGGUCGUGGACACUGCUGCUGGUGUGUGCGGUGCUCCUGGUGCUUGGGCAAGCACACGGCAAGGGGCGCGACCCCACCAAGGAAGAAGACUGCUGCACUGCUCUCCUCGUCGAGGGAGAAGAGGGCUCGCUGGACGCAGCCGGGAAGUACGUUCUGCCGACCAUUUGCCGUGGAGAGCCUGCCCCUGCUAUGGCCUGCCCACAGCUGUGGUUUCAGAGCCCGGCAAUCAGCGACAACGACAUCGGAGAACCAGCUCGGCUUGCAUUCCAGCAACAAAGUGACCUCCGAGCUGACGAGUCCUGCUCGCCCUUGGAGUGGGAGCAGCGAUGCCCCCCCGGGGCGACGAUGCUUCUCUCAAAGAAGAGGGGUGGGUGCCGCGCGGCCGGCUGCGUCGCUGCUGCCAUGGAGGGCGAGCUCACCGCACAGUUGAUCGACGUGGACGAGAAACGAUUCACCAGGAAGCUCACGAAGGCCAUGAAGAGCUCACCCCCCUCGGACAUCGAACUUGUCCGCGCGCUGGUCGACGAAGCCACCACGAAGGGCUUCCGAUCAGCCGCCAUGGACGAGGCCACCAAGGCCGUUACAAGGCACGACGACCAGGCGAAGGCAUUCGCCGUGUUAAGGAGUCUUCCCGGGGCCCUCGCCCGCCAGGUGUCAAAAUCUUCGCUGGCUGUCGCGAGGCACUCCAAGAAGCAACGCAAGAAAAUUCUUGCGCUGCAGCUGACCAACAACAAGGUCCUGUCGACGGCCGCUUCUGACAAGGAGAGGUCGGCCCGGACGGAGGGCGACCUCCUUGCGAAGCUGGACACCGCCGAGGACACCAUCGCCUUCCUGACCGACACGGUGGCCGAGCAGCAGCUGGCCGCCGCGAUGGAAUCCGAGCGGUUUGACCAGGCCCUGCGCCAGCUCGACAACGAGCUCAAGACUUCGAGGCGAGCCGCUCGAGCGGAGCUCGAGUUUUGUGAGCGGGAUCUCGCAGAGGUGGACAGCGCGUCUGUGUCUCUCUCGCGCUUCACCGUGGAGAAGACCCACCACGAAGAUCCUCUCGCACCCAUGACCUGCCCCGUCACAGAGGUGGCGGCGCUUGGCAUGCACGACCGGUCUGCGGCGCACGAGGCGGCGCAAUGGACAUGCGCCCGCCUGCACGCGGUGCAGCGCAUGGUGGAUGCGUCGACAUCCAGGUGGGAAGACGACAAGGCGACGUACCAGCUUCAAGAGGCCGAAGGUAGGGACCGAGAAGUCGAGCUGAACCGCCUCCUGGACGCGGGUGAGAAGAUGCGGAAGGACCUCGAGGAUGACCUUGCCUUGUCUGAGGAGGAGUUGGACGAGACUCAGACGGAGCUGGAUGCGUGUGCCGCGGACAUCGAGGACAUCUCCUCCCGUUCGGUGGACCUUGUUCGCACCCUCCAGGAGGAUGUGGCAAAGACGGCGGUGCGCGUGGGAGGUCUCGCCUCUGCCGCCCCGGAAGCGGAAGACCUUGACGGAUCAGACUACGACAUGAUCCGCACCCGCUUGGAGGCCGUGCAGCGGCUGGUAUUGACGGCCACGUCGACGCUGGAGGCGGAAAUCUUCACGUGCCAAGGCGAGAAGGCAGACGCGGGGGACCGCGAAGCCGAGAUCGAGGAGCAGCGGCAGGAGCUCGAGGACGAGCUCGCCGUGUGUGAGGAGGAGUUGGACGAGACUCAGACGGCCGCUGACUCGUGCGCCGCGGACUUCGAGGACAUCUCUUCCCGUUCGGUGGACCUGGUUCGUACCCUCCAGGAGGAUGCGGCAAAGAUGGCGGUGCGCGUGGGAGGUCUCGCCCCGGAAGCGGAAGACCGUAUAGGGUCGGACUACGACAUGAUCCGCGCCCGGUUGGAGUCCGCGCAGCAGCUGGCAUUGACGGUCACGUCGACGCUGGAGGAGGAUAUCUUCACGUGCCAGGGCGAGAAGGCGGACGCCGUCGACCGAGAGGUCAAGACAGGCGAGAACAUGCGGAAGCUCAACGAGGACCUCUCCGACUGCGCCAACUACCUCACGGUUCGAGGACAUGCAGGAAAUGGCCGCUGCCGUGGUGUCCAACCUGUGCAGCUGCACGGGCGCGGGGGGGCAUCUGUGGGCAACGGCAGAAUCAGUGUCAGUGACAGCAGCGGUGACGUCAAUGAUACGGGCGUGGACGUGGGCGAGGACAGCACGGCCUCAGCCGGAGAUGGCACGGCGGUGCACCGAACGGAGGCUGACGAUGCCGGCAACGAGGAAGACGUGGAAGGGGAAGAGCCUGACGCCCACGUCAUUGACGCCAACCCACUUACGCUAGACGGGGUUUGA